UGUGUGAUUAAUUAUUUUAUCAAGGGCGGGGUUCUCCCCCAAAAAAGACGACGCCACGACCAGGACAAGAUAUACCUCGGAAGUAGUACCAUCUACCAGCCAGCCAGCCCAGAGGUUAGGUCAAAUUCCGUUACACGACGACGAAUUUUGGCGAUUUUUGGCGACCUCCUCCGCGGUUGCCAUGGAGUUGUUAUCCCCGAAGUGGACCACGUUGGUCGUUCCGGGGAACCGAUUGGGACGCUAUAAAAGGGACCUCGUGGCCACCGGAGAACCUUCAGUCGUCGGAAGUCGCGCGUCGUGUUCAAAUCGGUCAACCGGAUAAAGUGUGUUCCACGGUGGAGUUGUACAGAAGAAACAGUAGAUCCAGCAGGAGCAGCAUGAAAACCGGAUAUGGAUUAACCACUGGAGAUUCACUUGGAUAUCUUAGCCAUUCGGCGAAACCGUUCAGUUCGUUGCCUUAUGGUGGGGGUGCUGGCAGUAAAGGAUACUCGUCGCUGACCAGCAGUGGAUUAAAGUCAGCCAAAUAUGGAGCAGGAGGCGAUAAGGAUACGUUUGGUGGAAGAGCGAAGAAAACGAAAUCAAGGAAACUUUCAACCGAUAAAAUCGAUACUCCCCUGUACAAGAAGAAAACGUUCGACUUCACGGACUAUGCCUACCGCGAGGCCGUCAAUCGACUAAAGUUCCUGCUAACGGAGGCCUAUGAACCGACCAAGGUUGCAACAUCCAUCUACUACCGCGGGGUAGUAGACGACACCAAGUCGGAGGCCUCGGACAACCAAUCGAUCGUCGAGAGACCCUCGAUGACGGAGGUAUCCAAGUACUUCAACCCGGGAACCGUCUCGCGGUACAACUCGGGCGGCGCGGGGUUGGGACGACGGUACAGCUUCCUGAACCAGAGUGCACUGAAGCCGGCAGUUUCAACGGCUAGUCUGCAUCCGGCACCUUCAGUUUGCAGUGUCUCACAGAAUCUCGAGGUUGCGCAGCCGCCUCCAGAGUUGCUUGGCUUCAUCGAAAAGCAAGAAACGUACAUCGAGCAGCUGGAGAAGGAGUCUCAGUACUGUCGGGAAGAACUGUCGACACUGCUGAAGAAGGUCAAGGACGUCGUCUCAGAAAAUGAAGCCCUGACAGAUCGUUCCAGGUCGAAAGCACUCUACCAGAUGGACUCUUCCGAGAGUGAAGAUCUGGACAUUGACCGCAUGCGUGAAAAGGGUAGGCUAUCGGGUCCGAACAUCGUGUUCGAGUCUCGCAUCAGCGAGCUGGAAGCCCAGCUGGCUCAGUCUCAAAUCGAUCUAAAGAAGCUGUUCAACGAAAACGAAGAGAAUAAGCGCAAGCUGGUGCACGGUACGAGCGAUGCCAGCUGUGCCGACGUCUACCGCAAGCAGGUCGAGAAUCUCCAGCGAGACAAGCACAACCUGGAAGAAACGGUUCGGAAGCUGCAGCUGUCCAUCGAUCAGCUCAAAGAUACCGAAGCAACCAACUUCAGCAAGACCCAGCGCAGUCGGGACAUGAUCGAGCACGUGGCUUUCGAGCGGAACCAAGCGGAGCUGGAGAUUCGCCGCUUGAAGGACGAACUCGAGCGGCAGCACGAGCGAGUUCGCGAGAUUCAGCACGAAAUGAGCAAGCGACUGGCAGAGGAGCGAUCGAACGCUGAACGGCGGUACACCUUCCAGGUGGAUCAGCUGGGCGGGGACUUGAGCAGCCAGUGGGAACAGGCGACCAAGCUGCAGCUGGAGGUGGAGCGCAUGAAGCGCAUCGAGUCGGACUACAAGCGGGAGAUCAGCCAGAAGAACUCGCAAAUCGACGAGCUGAAGAUGGAGUUGAAGAACAAGACGGCGAUCUUCAUGUCCGAUUUGAACCAGGCUAGUGCGGAGAAACAAUCGCUGGAGCAGGAGAUCACUUCUUUGAGACUCCAACUGGAACGCGCCGAACGACAAUCGAAGGUUGAGGUUUCCCGCCUAAAUGCUGAAAUCACUUCGCUGCGCCAGCGCCUGGAUCGUUCGGACGCGGAUCUGCUGCACUCGAAACGCGAAAAUUUGAAACUGAGCGACGAAGUUGCCUCACUGGAAAAGGAGCUAACCCUUGGUGAACUCAACAAGGAAACUCGUCCCUCGAAGGAACUGGCAAAAAUCAUUUCUGACAUGGAAGCAAAGCAUGCUUCCACCGUGUCAGAGCUCGAGGGCAUGGUUCAAGAUCAAAAACAGCUCAUGGAAAAACUAACCGCAGAAUGCAAAAGCUUAACGCACAAGUUAGAGGACACGACACAGAAGCAUAAAGAGGAAAAGCGAGACCUUCGGCAAACCAAUAACGAGCUGAUGGAACGGCUCAAACAGGUGUGGCAGAAUUACAAGGAAAUAAGUCCCGCCUUCCAGAACCGCGCCAAGUGCGCGACGGAUCCGCUCGAGUCCGACUCGAACAUCUCGUCCGCAUCCAAUCAUGACCCGGAGGCUCCAAGAAUGUGUCCCGAGCGGGCAGUACCGCCGCACAGUACCGGCAACCGACUGCUGACGAUGUCCCCGCCAGCAGACCUUCCCAGGGCAAGGUGUCACGACCUGAGUCACAAACCUCCGACCGGCAGCAGUACGGCAAGCAACCUCAACAGCAGCAGGAACUAUCCCGAACCAGCUCCGUCAACGAUUACAACGAGUCCAAGGGAAAGCGAAGUGACUCCCGGCUGUCCCGGGCGUCAAUCUCCAACGAGGAUGCGACCAAGCUGCAAGGAAAGGAGCCGGAGUUUGGACGUCCUGACGGGGAGCGAUCAUCCCGGGUUGGCGCCGGUGGGGGGGAUUCCGCUAAACCAGACGGCACCGGCAGCAGUGGACGCUUGUCUCGGGAAUCAACUCAAUCGUCACGACAAUCAAUCAGACAAUCAUACGGUGAACCGGUACAAUCAAGCCCAUAUGUAUCAGAGCUCGUGGAGCAGCCGGUGGAACAGUAUCCCCCAACAACAGUCACCCAACAGGGAAGUGUGGAUCAAUCCUAUGCACAGCCAGCCGACCAGUACCAACCAUCUGACGAGACCUACGCCCAGAAUACCGCCGGAUAUGACACAUCCCAGUAUGAUCCCUCACAACAGCAGCAACAGUACGACCCGAGCCAGUACGAGGGAUACGGCGAUCAGCAGCAGUACGUGGAAUCCUACGACCCACAGCAGACCUAUGACCCACAGCAGCAGCAGCAACAGCAGUACCAAGAUUAUCAGCAACCAUAUGAUGCACAGCAGUACACCACUGAGCAAGUAUAUGAUGAACCAAGCAGCUACCCCACCGGAAGUGCACAGUCCCCAACACAACAGCCAGCACCCGCACCCGUUCCAACCGCCGCCCCAGUCCCACUGGAACAAGCUGAAAGCGCUCGAAAUGUGGGGUACGCACGCGGUGGCCCACGGACCGGAGGAACCGCCAACGGAGCCAAGCAGCAGUACAAGCAACCUGCCGCCAAGUAAUGGGCGCAACAGUAGUCUACCGCGCCAGUUGCCGCAGAGUUGCCACUUUCAGCCGAUUCACCAUCACCAGCAAUCGCCGCACUGUCCUCGCCUGAGCAUCAGCAGCCCCAGUCUGUUUGGCACCAGUAGUCCGGAGAGCAGCCUGACGCCGUCGCCGACGUCGACCGUGCUGAAGAACUACGACAGCGCCGCAGCUAGUCCCAAUCCGCAGGCGUCCGCAGAGCGGAAGCAAUGAAAUAUAUUUGAUCAUACUUUGUCUAGCCAGUAGAACGCAUCAUGUAGCACGAGAGGAAAUAAAUAUUUAUU